CCUUUUAGACGAACUUGAAUUCAAAGAUGAAGGAAACUUCGAGCAAGGAAAGAAAAAGGACGUUUUACUGUAGCGUAGCCUUGGAACUUUACCUCUUAUAAUCACUCAAGUAGCACAUUGGUGAAUUUUCGCGACAAUGUUUCCUACAGCAGGGUAUUUCCGGAGUACAAACUGUCCAUUCUUUGUUCACGGUCUGUGCCACAGACCGUAUUGCCAUUUUCGUCACAGUAAACCCGGGCUCAAGGCUUCAAAGAGCAGAACUUCACCUCAUAAGAAUAAUAUUGAACUACAAUCCAACAAUGUUAAGACUACAACACCCAGUCCAGAUGUAUCUGAUGGAGAUAAACAGCAGGCUGACAUUAGAACAACUCCACCAGAAGCAACAAAAAGGAAGGUAGAAACAGUGGACAAUACAAGUCCUGAAAUUGAAAAUAAAUUUACCACACAAACAAACACAGCUUCUAAAAGGGGCAUUCUGAAUAGAGGUGAUGAAGAGCAGAAUAUUCAGGAUGAUCAACUUUCUAGUGUCAAAGAAUCUUUGCCCAAGACCAGCUUGGAUGUAACUGAACCUGUAACUAGCUCACAUAUGGUCAGCCCCAGUGAUGAGGGCAUGGAAAUGUCUGAAUGGGAUCGGAAUGAUUGUGAACAACCUAUUGCUUCUCUGACUGAUGAGGAGAUUAAAAUCAUUGGGUUGACCACAGUUUCUUUACCUGGUUGCAGUCAAACUGCUGUUAAAAGUACCAAUUUAGGACAAAAUUCAACUUCAAAUGCUUCUAGUUGCAUUGUUUCUCAAAGUAAUUCCCCAGUUGUGGGAGGAUUUUUUGAGAAUGACACUGAAGGAGAAGGCCAAAUGAAGGGUAACUUGAUUGAUGUUAAUGUUACUGAAACUUACAUUGCUAAGGAGGCAAGAAUUGCUCAAAUCAAGGCUGACAGUUUAGCAAAGAGACUUAAAUCCAAAGCUGUGAAGGAGAAAAAUGAUUCAUCAUUGGUUUUGGAAAGUAACUAUAUAGAAAAGAAACAGGAACUCACUGGAGGGAAAGAAAAAUAUGACGUGACUCAGGAAAAGCCACAAAGACGAAAAUCUGUUCAGCUUCAAAUCUCUGUUGAAGGAGAUGAAGACAUGAAAGAGUCUUUGGAUAUACCUGCAAAGAAAAGAAAAUCCCAGCAGUUGCCAUGUGCAACUAGCUCUUCAAUUCACUCUUCUGCACUAAAGAGCGAGGAUAGUAACAAGGCUACAAAAAGGAAAGAUAGCAUUUCCAAACAGGAAUAUAAACUACAUGAGUUGUUUUUGUCUGCAUCAAAGUCACUGGAACACACCAUUCACUCUAGUAAAUCACCUAUUGAUAAUGAUUCUAAAGACAUAAAAAAAGGCAAAGCAAAUGCAUCAAAAAGAAAACUAAGCCUUGCAGAGACUGAAAUAAAUUUCUUUGGUCCUUCUAAAAGGCAAAACAAAACUGAGAAAAUGGAAAAGCAGAAGAAAGUUAAGGAGGAAAUAGCUGCUGUUAAAACUUUGAAACCCAAAAAAUUAGAAAACAGAGGAUUGGAAAAGAAGAACAAUUUUCAGAAGACCAAACUUCAGACAAGUGCCAAAGGUUUAACUAUGUCAAGUGAAGAUAGUGAUUACAUGUGCAGCCCUGCAGGAGGUGACUCAAGCCAUGAGGAGAAUGAUUCACUGAGAAGGAUUUGGAAUAACUUUGAACUGCCACAAGACAACCUUGUGAUAGAGAAGGAUUCACAAUCACCCGUUAAAAAACAGGCACAAGAAUCAACAAGGAAGAGAACAUUGUCAUCUGUGUCUAACGACUCUGACGUGAUGAAACAACCAUCUAUGGCUGAUGCAUUAGGACUUGGGAAGAAACAGCGAGUGGCACAUAUGCCCAGUCAUCUACCUAGGAGAUUAUCAUCAAAUGCUAAUCCUGUACGAAGGUACCCUAAGUCUUUAACAGCUGUACAAAGGAAAGAGGAGUCUGAGGCACCUUCAACGUCGGGAUCUCCUGUGAAGGAGGCAGAGGGUUACAAGCCUGCCAAACAGAGGGUGGCUCAUGUAUUAAAGAAUAACUCCCCUGCAGGAUCACUGCCGAGACCUAGGAUCCCUGUGGAGUAUGGUGCUAAGGUGCCGCAAAGUCAACGUCAGAGAUACCUAGACAGAAUAGUUGAUGAAUACCUUAGAAUUUGUAGCAGUGAGAAAGAAGCAUUUGAAAAGGCUGUUGAAGAAGAAAAAACUCUGUAUGAAAGGAGCACCAGAAGACAAGUUUAUUUGAAUCUUUGUGUGAAUGCUAUCAAGAAACUUCGAGGUAUAACACAACUGGAAUCACCUUCUCCUGUUAAAAGUGAGACUACAACAAAAGUGUUGGUUACUAAGACACUGUCUUCAGGGGCAGUUGUUGUUAGUACCAAGAGCCCUGCGAAACAACAACCAGCUGUUCCACAAAUGGAUCCAUUUACAGAGGAGUUGAUGUAUGAUUUCCUGUCUAAGUAUCUGAUGAGUGAAGAUGACUUAGUACAGAAUGGUUACCCACGUCCCUGUCCAACAGCACCCGGAAGAGCUGUUUUUAAAACUAAAAAGGAGCCAUCUAAAGAUCCUACACGUAGGACUUGCUGUCGUUGUGGCAAGCCUUUUGUUGUUCUUGAAGACGGAGUGUAUCUAACAAGAGAAGAAUGUGUGUAUCAUGCUGGGAAAUUAUUUCGAAGAAGAGGGGAACCAAUUACAAAUUAUUCUUGUUGUCAAGGAGAUGCUGGUAGCCCUGGGUGCUGUGUUGGAAAGGUUCAUGUGUGUGACAAUGUGAAUAACACAGAAGGCUUUAUGACUACCAUAGUGAGUCCGCUGGUAGAAAAACGAAAGAAAAUAUUUUCCAUGGACUGUGAAAUGUGUUACACCACUUCAGGGCUAGAGCUAACCCGCAUCACUGUGAUAAACUGGAAUUUGGAGCGAGUCUAUGACACAUUUGUCAUUCCAGAAAGAACCAUUGUUGAUUACAAUACAAGAUUCAGUGGAGUGACUGAAGAGUCACUGCAUGGUGUGACAACAACUAUUCAUGAAGUGCAAGCUGUAUUGUUGAGUAUGAUUCACAAAGACACUAUACUAGUGGGACACAGCUUGGAAAGUGACCUCAAAGCAACAAAGAUAAUUCACAAUAAAGUGGUUGAUACCUCUGUGGUAUUUCCCCACCGACUGGGACCUCCUUACAAGAGAGCUCUUCGUAAUCUCACAGCCGAACAUCUCAAAAAGAUUAUUCAGGAUAGUGUUGAUGGCCAUGACAGCUAUGAAGAUGCAUCUGCUUGUUUGGAGCUUAUGAGGUGGAAGGUGAAAGAAGACAUGAAAAAGACAUCAAGACAAAAGUCUCUGCAUCAAGCAUUUGCAGUUUCAUAGCAACACUUCAACAUUUCACACAGCAAUAGGCAGUUAGCAGGUACUUUUUGCUAAAAGAUUCUACAUAAUUUCUUAGUGAAUCUCUUAAAUUAAGAAGUUUUGUUCGUCUGUUCUGUUAACAGGGGAGCUGACAGUGAAAUUGCAAACUGUAAUAGUUAGAUUUAGAAUUGUGACAGUCACCCCUUUGGGUGCGUUGCUUGGGUUUUGCCACAGGUAGUUAGUGUAAGAGUUGAAACUUAUUUAUUUGGUACUGUCAUCUUUCAGGUUUAGGUGAAACUUCACAUGGAGCUGUCUGUGAAGUCUAUAUGGAAGAGGGGGGGGAGGCAGUUAAUGAGAAAGUUUUCACUUUGAUAUGUUUAUUCAUUCAGUAUCUUACAUGGGACCUCAGUAAUUAACACUUGUCAUUUCUGAACCACUGAAAAUAUAUCCAACAGUUGAAUCAUGAAAUAAGGAGAAAAUGAAUCAUAGGUAUAAAGUAAAACAGACAUGAAUGAAGAUUUAGUGUUGGUACAAUAUUUUAUUUGGUUUAAAUAUCAGAUUCCAAAUUCCCAAGUGGCUUUAAAACCCUAAAGGAGAAAAUACACCAAAUGAUAAUCAUGUUCUUUUGCAGUUAUUUAUUACAAUAAAAUAUUUUUUUUAGACAAAAAGUUCAGGAACUUCCUGACAGAGAGACUUACUGGCAACUUCUCCAAAUCAAUCCAAAAUGAAUAAAAUAAUUAUUACUAUUUCAGAUUUACAAACACAGGUGUUAGUAUAUGCAGAUAAUUUGGUUUCAUCAAGUGAGUUGAUGAUUUAAAUUGGCCCAAAUAACAAGUUUUUAAAGCUAACAUUUCAAGUAUUAGCUCCUCUUCGGAGCAAAUGAUGAAGGGUUAUCACUUUAACAAAGGGCCAAUGCUUGAAAUGUCAGCUAGAGAAACUCUUUGGGGUGGCUAAUUUUCUUAAUCAAUUCAGUUGAUAAAAUUGACACAACACCACAGUUUCUUUAGAAACUUACCCUCUUUACUCAUCUGUUAAAAUAUUCAUUUGGGUUAUGGAAAGAGUUCUAUAUAGUCUAAUAUAUAUGGUAUUAAUAUCAAUUACUAUUUAUACACUUGUUAUUGCUUCAUUUAACCCUUUAGUUCCCAAUAGUGACCAAGACAGAAUUUCUCCUUACACUAUCAGUACAAUAUCAAGCAGAAAAGUAAUGAGAAUAAAGAAAAUAUCAAUAAGGGGAUUAUUGGUUGAUUCAAAUCUAAAUUCUCCAAAUUAACAUCACAUAAAUUGUAUGGCAGACAGUAAGGAGAAUUACUAAUGGAAUCUUGGGAGUAUUUUUGUUUUGUUGUUACACCUUGUGUAAGAAUAUAAAAAAACAUAACCUAUUUAUCAUGAAAUAAAAGUUUUAAUACA